AUGGAAGGUCAGGACGUGGUGAUAAGCAUGGUUGGCGGCAUCGUGGCAGGCGACCAGCAGGUGUUCAUUGAUGCUGCCAUAGCCGCUGGCGUGAAGAGAUUCUUCCCUAGCGAAUUCGGCCCCUAUUCGCGUGACCCCAAGUUUUCCGCGCUCAACCACGCUGUCUUACCAGCGAAGGCAGCUACAGUUGACUACCUCCGAUCGAAAGAGUCUGAGAUUUCUUGGUCAAGUCUUGUUACUGGCGCAUUCUUCGACUGGGCCAUGAAAGUGGGCUUUUUCGGUUUUGACCUCUCUUGCAAAACCGUGACUCUCAUCGAUGGCGGCACUUCAGUUUUCACCGCCACCAACCUUUCAACAAUCGGCAAAGCUCUUAUUGCAAUGCUUGACCAUGCCGAUGAGACGGAGAACCAAUACGUCUUUGUGUCAUCUUUCAAUGUCAGCCAGAAAGAUAUUUUAGAUGUAGUCGAGAAAGUUGACGGCCAGAAAUGGACGGUAAAGAACAUUGUGUCCGAGGAGGUCAUUGCCGAAGGCAGGAGAAGGCUUGCAGCGGGCGAUUUUGCGGGGAUAAUAGACUUGACUAGGGGUGGGGCAUUUGGCAAGGAGGCGUUGGGUGAUUCAAGACCAUAUGGGCUGUGGGGUGAUAAGUUGGAGCUGCCAAAGGAAGAUAUAGAGCAGGCUGUCAAGGAUGUACUCUAA